GUUAGAUGCUGUUUCGGAACCAAAAGAAGCACCAUUUCCAUAUUCUUUAUCCAAGAAUAUUCUUUGGCUUGUUGGUAAAGAAAUAAAAAUGCCUGACAAGUAUAAACCCGUGUUAAAAAUGGGAGAGUGGACAGACUCAGUUCAAUAA